AGACGACUAUUUUUCUUUGGUUUCCUUUUCUCUGUUAGAUCCGAACCUCUUUGUUUCGGAGUAUCUUAUCUUAUCCCACGGUCAACAAACGUGUCUUUCGGAAAUGGCAAAAAGCUUCAACCCAAGUUCUCGAACCCAAACCGCUCUGGUUUUGCUGUUAUGCUUCGUCUCUCUUUUUAGCCUCCCUCAAACUAAGGCCCUUUGGUUAAAUCUCCCAAGUUCGGGAACUAAGUGUGUGUCGCAGGAAAUCCAAACACACGUCGUCGUUUUAGCUGAUUACUAUGUUGUUGCUGAGAAUAUCAAGGGUCAUCCCCUUCCUACUAUUUCUGCCAAGGUAACAUCUCCAUAUGGAAAUAAUCUUCACAACAAUGAAAAUGUCACCCAAGGUCAGUUUGCAUUUACAACUACUGAGAGUGGUAACUACGUUGCAUGCUUUUGGAUGAGUACUAAAAGUCUAACUGGUUCCUCAAUCAGCCUUGAUUGGAAAACUGGAAUCUCUGCCAAAGAUUGGGACUCUGUUGCAAAACAAGAAAAAAUUGAGGGAGUUGAACUUGAGCUAAGCAAACUUGAUGGAGCAGUGAAAGCCAUUCAUCAAAAUCUGAUAUAUUUGAAGAAUAGGGAAUCGGAGAUGAGGGAAGUUAGUGAAGCAACUAAUGGUAGAGUUGCUUGGCUGAGUAUAAUGUCUCUUGGCGUAUGUGUUUCGGUUUCGGUGUUGCAACUAUGGUAUCUGAGACGCUACUUUCAGAAAAAGAAGAUUAUCUAGAUUUUACUUGUAACAAACUUUUGUCAAAACCAAAUUAUUUUCUUUAUGUUUUGGAGAAUCUGUGAUGUAUUGUAGAGUUAAUAUUUUGUGGAUUUUAUUUUUCUGUAUCAUUGGAGGUUAGUAGUACAAGGGGUAUAGCGGGAGUUACAUAUAUACUGAAUUUUUGAAGCCAAACUAUUGAUUAUUGAAGUGAACCAUAUUGCACAAAUAAUUUUAAAA